AUGAACUCUUCAGUUGACAAUGAUAACUCUCCGGAGGAUGGAUUUGAAGAGGUUGUGAGCAAAAACAAGAAGAACGCAACCGUAAUGGCUACUCUGGUUUCCAAAAAGGCAAAUAAGGUUGGAAUCUGCUUCACCAGAGUUGGCGACAAUAACUCAUCUGCCUUCACCCAAGAGGAACUCAACAAAAUCAUCAAGUUGGUAGGAGAAGUGGACAAUACUGCUGUGCUUAUGCCAUUCAACUACAACAUCAACCAGGCCAUCUCGAUCAGAAAAGCCGCCACUGGAGAUUGGGUUGCAUUUGGAGAUAUAAAAAACACCCGCUGGGGAACCGACAUACAAAACCAGUUCAAGGCUCACUUCACCAUUUGGAUUGCCUCAGACAGCAUUGGCAGAAAUCUCAGGACACUCAAAGAGCAUCUUCCUCUGUCAGGAUACCUCAAAAUGGUCAACAUUCAGAUGAGACCUCACAAUCUACGAGAAAGUGUUAAUUUCAUUGACAGCCACAACCGUGCUGCCGAGAAGAUUGCUGCUACCAGAGCCGCCGCCACCAAGAAGAAGAGUAACGAUGAUCUCUCUUCCGACUCUGAAGAUGAGCAGCCUCCUCCUUUGAAGAAGGUGCGAGGAAAGGAGCCGACCGGCAAGACCGCCAUUGACGAUGACUCUUCUGAAGACGAAGAAAAUGCAGAUGAUACCUCAGCAGAGGAAUCCGAUGAAGAUGACUCCGAGGACGAGGAGGAUACUGCAAAGAAGCCCAAAGGGAAGAAAGGCAUGACCAUUGCCUUCCCUGGUGGACGUGGCAGUGGACGAGGCGCGGCGGCGGUGGUGGUGGGUGGUGGUGUGGUGGUGGUGGUGGUGGGGCUAGCCAAAGCCAAUCAAGACGACAUCAAAGCUGAAGGAGAAGCUAAAAAGAGGGAUGCAAAAUAUGACAAGCUUGAUGACUACUGUCUUUCCCGUGCCGUUGCGAAUGUGACAUGCAAUCUCAAGAAGGGAUCCAAGGAAAAGGGCAAAGUGUACUGGCAGAACAUUGCCGACAAAUUCGAAGAGAUCCGUGCUACGGAUUUGCCCGACAGGCCCAAAAGGACUUGGGAAUCUUGCUACAACCGUUGGACCCGGCAUAUCCUCAAAUCAAUGAAUCUUUUCAUUCCUUGCUACCGCCACGUGAAGAAGAAUCCCAAGUCUGGCUGGGCGAAUGAAAAAGACUUUAUUGAAGCUGCGAGAGAGGAAUACAUGGACAAGCAUGACGCUGUAUUCAAAUUUGAACCGUGCCUGGAAGUAUUGAAGUCCCUUCCCCGUUUUGAUCCAAAUUUGACGGCAGAGGAGGCCGCCAAACAGGAGGAACGCGUCGUUGAAUUGGCCGAUAGUGGCGAUGAAAAUGGAGCCACGGAACAGCCAACAACCGGCAACAACACGGCUGAAGUUGCUUCUGUCAUGGGCUCUACUAUCCCUCGGCCUCUCGGUACCAAGGCUUUCAAGGAACAGCAAAAGAAAAUUAUGUUGGAGGGUAUCUCUGAUGAAAAGAAAGUCCAAGCCAUCGAUCGGUUGACUGCUGCCCAUAAAGAAUUCAAUUCCAUUGCAGCCGAGAGAGCCACCGUCAGUGCCCAUGUUGGCUUUGCGAAAUUCCUCAAAGACAUGGGUCGAAUUGACGAGGCCAGCAAUGCGAUGAAUAGAGCUAUGAAUGCCCAGAUGAAACCCUAUUCUGAGUAUGAAAAUCUUGGGAAACUCGAUCAAGCUGAGGCAAAGGCUGAUGAUGAAGGAGCUGCAGACGAAGACGAUGUCGAUACUUUGCCUCCCUUGGGCAGUUCUGGUUCCGACACCAAUGGUACCGAUACUGUUACUGGUACUGAUGUUUAG